GAAGUAUUCGGCUCCUUUACUUAGGUCUCAUCCAGAAUGAUGAAACUCAGUGUUUUCCUUCUCAUGCUCCUCAUGGAGACGUGCUCUGCCUCCACUUAUCAAAACGUGGCGUUGCGUGGAAAAGCGACCCAAUCAAACCGUUUUGAGCACGCUUUUGGAUCUGCCAUCAGCGCUAUUGAUGGAAACCGUGACAAUAAGUUCCAUUCUGGAUCGUGCAGCCACACUGAUGCAGAAAGCAACCCCUGGUGGAGAGUGGACCUGCUGGAGCCCUACAUCGUCACCUCCGUCAUCAUCUCCAACAGAGGAGACUGCUGUUCAGACAGGCUUCAGGGGGCACAGGUCCACAUCGGCAACUCUUUAGUCAACAAUGGUGCAUCAAACGGAGUGGUUGGUACAAUUUCUAGAGUAGAGGCAUUGACCACUAUGACUUUCACUAAUCGUGUGGAGGGACGCUAUGUGUCUGUGCGUAUACCGGGUAAUGGAAAGAUCCUUACCCUCUGUGAGGUGGAAGUCUACGGGUACCAUGUCCGAACUGGUGAGGGUUUGGGAUCUUACAUAAAUAAUGUGUGAUUUCCAUCUAAACAA